UAUAAUGCGGAAGUUAAAAUUUACACUCUUGUGACUUUGUAAGUGUGUUUUUAAUGUUUGUAAACUCAAUGCAGAUUCAAAUAUAGGACAUGUCCUUUGUGUCUCAGAACGGUGUUGUCAGACCUAUAUGUACUCAUUUUACUCAUGUAGGUGUGAAGCGUGGUGUGAAUAACGUAGAUCAUUCAUGAAUUAGUGACAUGUUUAUAACGGAUGACAUUGGCGAACCUGGCAGUGAGGAUGAUGGAAGAAUACCUUUUAUUGGAAGAUUCCGGGAACGCGAGGAAAUAAAGACAUGCUUCAGGAAAAGAAAAAACCGUAUUGUACAGAUAUCCGGUGCUCCAUGUAUUGGUAAACAGAGACUUAUCCAACAGAUUUGUGAAGAACUUAACGACGAAAAUGAAAAUGAAAAAAAUAGCAAUCUUCAUAUUGGACAAGUUUCGUGUAAAUAUAUACGGACAUGGGAAAACUUUGUAGAACAUGUAAUGGAUUCACUGCCAGAAUAUGGUUUUUCGGAAUCCGCAAAACUCAGUGAAAACCAAAUCAUCCGAGUCAUCAAAUCUCACACAAAAUCGAACAAUUACGUGCUUUUAACGUUUACAAAGCUUGAUAAUUUUCUAUUUGAUAAAGAUAUUAACGCAGCAUUGGGAAAGUUUUCGGAUAUGUGUUCAAAAAUCUUACGGUGCUCUUCGAAUAUAUUCUUGUUGUUAAGUAGUGGAAUACGUUUGAAUUUAAAUGUGGGUUAUAACAUACGGUAUGUAUCCCUUCUAAGGUUAUCAGAAUCGGAGGCUAUAUCGUUAUUGCGUAAAGCAGCUCCAGAUACCGAUUUCGGAGAUACAGAAAGAGAAAUAGUGAAUGGGUGUCACUGUACUCCUGGUUUAAUAUUAGAAGUAGCCAGUAUUUUAAUGCACCCAGACGGCAUUAUCAAGCCUACAUACUUAGCCAACUUACUUUGUGACCCUAAAAAUGUAAUAGAUUUGUUCUCAUCAAAUUUAGUAACUCAGAACGAACACUUGCGAGUGAAAAUACAAAAGCUUCUGGAAAGGCUGCCAUCCAGUCUGCAAUCAUCAGUAAAUGAAUUAAUGUUACUCCAAGGCUCUUUUUCAACAGAGGCAUUACAAGCUGUUUUAGGUCAUAAACAGUCACAUGAAACAACUCUUCAGAUUAUACCCUUGAGAGACUCUUCCGUCCUAGAAUUUGACAAAGAAACCCAUUUGUUUUCGCUGAAUCCUUUUCUCAGAGCUUGUAUUGGUGAAAGUCCGAAUUUUUCAACUUCCGACCUCGUGAGACUGAGAUUUGUAAAGUUUUUUGUUGAUCUCAUGGUAACUGUAGACAAUAAAUUGUACAGAGACUCUCAUAAAAGUGUGGUAGAAUAUUUCCAUCAUGAUUAUGCCAAUAUGAAGCAGCUGUUACAGCAAGCUAUACACUGUACAGAGGAUAUCUUUACAGUCCUGAUGAAAGCAGUCAGUGAAGCUGAAGAACUUUUCAUAAAAUGUUUUCCUGUAGAGCAAGUCAAAGAUUUUUACAAUCAUCUUAUAACUGCAGCAAAACAAUAUGGUAAACCUGAAGAAAUUGCCGUACUCAAAAUGUUUCUGGCCCAAGCAAUGACACAGAUGAAAGUGGAUACAAAUAGACAGGAAGUAACCCAGUUGUUUCAGGAAGCAUUCAGAUCUUUGUCAUGGGACCAUCCAGGGUAUCAUCACAUGACCUUACUUGGAUUUCUGGGAAGAUUUAUAAUACGACAGGGAAAAUAUCAAAAAGGACUGAGGUUUAUACAGUCCGCUAUUAAGAUGAAAGUAGAUGGGAAUACAAGAGUACACAGAAGGCUCAUUGAAUUCCUCGUUCAGAAAGCUUUAGCAGAAGUAUUUAGAGAAAAUUACGAUGCAGCAGAAGACGCCUUAAAUGAAGCACUGGACCUAGCUCAGAAAGAGGCUCCGUACCAUUCAGCAAUAGCUAUCAUUUUUAAUACAUUUGGACUCAUUAUGGACAGAUCUGGGCGAGAUGAAGACAAGGCUCUACAGUGGUACAAAUCAUCUCUCGAGGAGAGACGGAAGUUUGCUGAUUUUUCACCAGAAAUACUGGUCGCACCACUUAACAACAUAGCUAAUCAGAGUGUCAAAAGAGGGAAUAAUGGUUAUGCACUUAAACUUACAGAAGAGGCGUUAAACAUCAGAAGAAAAUGUGGAUGGAAUGAUUAUUACACAGGCCUAACCUUACGACAGAAAGCAGAAAUAUUCCUAGUACAAGGAAAGCAGACAUCAGCCAUUCAAUUAUGUGACGAGGCUUUUGAAAUAUGUGUGGAAUGUACACCGAGACAUUUCUUUUUAAAUGAGAUUAUAUUUCUUCGAUUUCAUUGUCAUUUACCUUCAAGAGACUUGGAAGCCGCCAAAACCGAUUUCAAGAAGAUGAUGAUCGAUAGGAAACGUUAUAGUCAGAACACAGAACGUGGCGAGCAGACGAUGAAUAUCUUAUUUCACGCGCUGUUCUUGCAUGAUGACGAUGAAUGGGACAAUGCGUAUAACGAGUUGCAGGUUGAAGUGCGUCGACUCAGAGACUUGGCAUUUGAAUGUAGCGAUUUCGACAAAUAUUUGCAUUUGUGUAAGAAGAUAAAUGAAAUAUCGCAUCUUUUUACUAGUAAGAGGGUAGAUACAAACGAUAUACACAAAAUUAAAUGUCAAGAACUUGUGAGAAAAAACUGUAAAAUAUGUCCCUUGAUAAACGUUGAUAGUCUAUCAUGACCCAUGGAGAGGUUUGAAUGAUACAGCUUAAUCAAUCAUAAAAACUGGCGAGGCUUCUCGUGCAAAUUACAGGAAAGCAAGGAAAUAUAAGACCGAAGGAGGGAUAUGUAGAAUUAGCGACAAUUAUCAUGGUAUUACAAUAUUUGACACCAGAAAAUGGAAAAGAGCAGACUUAUAUAACUAUGCACUAAAUAGUGUGUUUUGUUUGUUGUUUAAGGUAUAAAGAAUGAUACAAUCUGGUUAUGUUAUGCACACAAAUCCCAUACUAUGCCAUUGUUCCACAAUAAAUCAUACUACCGAAAAACUGCUUCAUCUGAAAAAUACAAAUCAAUUAUACUAUAAAAAUUCUAUGGUAAUUCUAUGAUUACGUUACCAUCUUAAUUAUUUCAAGCAGAUGAACCUAUUUGUAUGAAUGUUUAUCAAAAUAUUGUAUGGUCAGACUAUUGCUUCUGUUAGAAAAAUAUCAAGUUGAAGCAAAUGUGUCCUUCUGCAGUUUUUCAAUAUGUUUAAAGGUUUAUCCUACCAUGCCAAAUUGAAUUUCUAGUAUUAUUUAUAUAUGAAAGCAAAUGCGUUUUUUUUUCUUACGUGAAAUCCAAUGGCAAAAUUAUAAUUUGCAGUUGUCAUUACACAUA